GUCAUCGGUGUACAAGUGUCUCGGAUAUUAUCUGAUAUCAUUAUCAUGUUUAAAGAAAUGAGACCGCUCGAAUGAAUACUGAAAAUAAUAUUCCAUUUGAAACGAUGGACUGCGAAUCAAGUAAAAUCGGCGCGAAACGUUCAGGUACAUUUAAACACGAGCGACAGACGAAGAAGAAGAAAAAAGUGAUUUUGAGCACUUUGGAUAUAUUCAUAUCUUCGUUUAUCGUUUCUCCUUUGGUAAUAGCCUGCUGGCGCGGAACUUGGCAACUAAUUGAUCUUUACAGCUACUAUUUUCCGCCGUGGGAGAGUUUUCUUGUAGGUACCACCAUUCACUUAAUUAUUGCUCUGGGUCAACAUAUAUUUUACGACCUUUUGAACGAAGACGGAAAAUGUUGGUGGCGGAGGAUCAUAACCUUCACUUCCACUAAGCUGUACAUAAUAGUUUUUCACUCAAUCACCAACCUGUACUGGAGAUCUGCUUGGCUAAUAACCGACGAGUACUUUGGGGUAACGGUAUCUCCGACUGGACGAACGUCCAUACAAAAAGAACGCGAAGCUUUAUUGUUUUUUCCAGCAUGUCUAAUCGUUUUAACUUUGAUGAAAUGUCUGAGAAAUUUAACAUCCACGCCUUUCCAGAUAUGCUUGGACUACGACGAUGGUUUUUUCUUGUUUCCCAAUAUGUUUAAAUCCAAAAUCAACGAAAGUCCAGCUCUCUAUUUGCUAGAUUCUACCUUUUCCGUUUUCGUUGUGGGCACCUUGGUCCUUACGGUAUGGAGAGGCGGUUGGUUGUUCCUAGACUUGUACCUUAUGCCCAAUGAAUUUACUUUGUCCUGCUGGACGACAGCAGUACGUGUUUGCUUGAAGAUAGCAAGUUACGUUUUGAUCGCUUGGGUUUUUCUGGCGCAAAACACGGUUGAAAGAAUUUGCAACGAGCUGGACGGCAUAUCGAAAUUGGUGGUGGCCGAUUUUUACAUGCUGCUCGCAUUCGUUGGAGUCAUCUGCACAUGGAGAGGCAUCUGGGGACUUAUAAAUAUAUACUUCAUUCCGAGUGAUGAAGAGUUAAGUUGCUGGUUGACCAGCACCAUUUCCUUAGUGUUGCUUAGUCUUAUGGGGUGUUCGAACUCACUAUUGGCAAGGGGGGUAUAUCUGGAUGCCGAAGAGCAAGACGGGUCUUGCGUGGCCUUCACCUGUAGCUAUUUGAGAGACGUGUUUGUCCAGGAGAAGGCGAGAAAGUUGAUGUUUUGGAAGCGGGGCGAUGGUGUCAGGGGCAAGUUCGCAAUUAUAGCAACAAAGAACUUCAAGCAGAUCAAGAUAAUUGAAUCGAACGAAAAUGCAGGUCCGGACAUGAUUUGAGGGACGCGUAGUACUCCCCGCGUAUAAAAGAUACUCAAAUGUGAUAUUAACAUAAGUCCAUUAAAUAUGUGAAAA